CCCCAACAACCCCAACCCCAACAACCCCAACCCCAACAACUCUAACAACCCCAACAACCCCAACAACAACAGCCCAAGAAAUGACAACCCUAACAACAACAACAAACACAACAGCAGUGAGCAACUUCUUUACCAUGGAUAUACCUUUUGAGGAUUCAUUUAAUGACCAAAACAGCAGCAUUUACAAAGAUUCUCUAAAGGCUAUUCUACUCCAAACUGCCAAGUACACCUUGACUGUCAACAACAUAAAACUAAAGUUCCGGAGCGGGAGCACCAUCGGAGACUACACCAUAACUACAACUAUAACUUCCUUUAAUGAAAAUGUUGUAGAGGCUGUGAAUGUAGGGAUAUUUACAGAGCUGGCAAAGAAAUACUUAAUGGUAUACAAAAGCCCACAACCCUUAAAGUUUCAGCCACUUCAAGUGUUUCUCGAGGGAAAGUUAAUUAUAACAUGUGGCCCACCACCAGAAAAUCUCAAUUUAAGUAGCGGCUUGACGGCGGAGUGGAGACUGAAUGGCAAAGAAAUAGUGGAAGAUCCUCUACACAAGUUACAGUUACAGAAUGUGACGGCAACGCUAACUGUGUUAAAGGUUUUUAUCACGGACAGUGGAUCAUACGAAUGUACGCUCAAAUACAACAACACAGCUUUCAGACAGACUGGAACAUUCCCUCUCACACCAACACCCGUGAUCCAAACGGCACCAACCACACAAAAGAUUAAAUGUGGAACAACGGUGAACCUGACGUGCUCUGUCAAGCCCAGCCCCCCCUAUCAGGUUACAUUUCCAGACCAGAAGAUCUCAACAGGUUCCGGCCCAAAUAUCACCUAUCCAUAUAGUAUACCAUGUCCGGGACAGAAUGAGAUCAUCACUUGUAAAGAGACAAACACAAACUUCACCAAAAGUACAACACUGAUUUUAUUCACAGGCGGUAAGUAUUGA